UUUGGACUACUGUAUAAAUAAAAUUAUAUAAAAAAAAAUCUAAUCGGAAUUGUCCGGCAGUUGGGUACCCUUCCUUGUCUGUCAGAGUAAUAACUGAAUCAGAAAACAGAAGAAUUUAAAUCUGAUAAUGAUAACUGAAGUCUAAAUUUUAUCAACGAAAUCUGUACUUGCGGUACCCUAAAUGCGAUAUUUCAAUACAAUACCAAAUAGUCACUCGGUAAUAGAUAACUCUUUAAGAGCCUAUUACCGACCCAUUCGAUAUUUCUCUGGGUCGAUAAUAGAUUUCUAUACAUUCUAUUACCGAGGGUAAUCUGAUCAUACCAUCGGUAAUAGGCUUAAUUUGGAGUUUAAUUAAACCUAAUUCCGACCCAUAAAAAGAAUAAAACACAGAUGUUUUUUCAAAUCAAAUCAAACACGUAUAUUACAAGCUUCUUGUAAAGACAAAAUCACAUAACUGGCAAGUAAAUUUUAGGUUUUAACUCAAAAUAAAAAAAAGUUGACAGAUUAAGGGUUCCCAUAGAAACAAGGAAAUCGGUGCUGAAGUUUCUGUUAAAAAUUAAGGGUUAGUUGAAUACUUUCCAUACCACGGAAAUAGCUCUUUAAUAGCGUGAAUAGAUCAAGAUUGGAAUAAAUAAAAGAAAUUAUAAAAUUGAUAAUUUGUACCAAAACUAAAGAGUAAAUAACAAAACUACCACUUUUUCUAUUAACGUGGCAUACCACGGAAUUACUUACCACAGAAGUAAUUGGCGCCUAUCACCGCUGUAUUUUAUUUUCAAUUUUAAACGUAUUUCCCGGUCAAAAACUAAGUUAAAAGUAAUUCAAAAUCGUGAAGAAAACAAUACACAACCUCUUAAAAGGCAUUGCACUAGUUUAUUUGCCAUAACUAUUACGUAAAACACUAAGUAAGAUUGGAGUGCACUUACCUGUGGAGUCACGCGUCUGUAUGGAACAACCGGUUCUUGCGCCGCCGUCGCACAAACUGACGAAUCGCGAGUUUUUUGUUACACUCACACAAAUGCACACAAAUGGGCACGAUAGACCAAUGAAUGAGCUUGUUUUGUGUAUGCUUUAUUUCUUAGAGAAUAGAUCUGUUUGCUUGCAAAAUGCGUAUUUGUAAACACCGCGGUGUUAGACGUCGAUUUUGAUACCCGCGUUAAUAGCCGCCGUUACCCUAGUUCGGAACUACAGCCUGUGCAGCUCGGUUUUGGUUCCAAAAGCGGCUGUGAAGCCGCUGUCCAUGCCGUGCGAACGUACAUCGAGCACCAAGCGGGAGAGGUUCUUCUGAAGGUGGAUGUCUCCAAUGCUUUUAAUUCAGUAGACAGGGGUGCCUUGUUGACUCAAAUAAAAGAAAAAAUUCCGGCUACCUUUAACUUUCUUUGGCAGUGUUACAGUUCUCCUUCAAAAUUAUUAUACCAAUCUAACCUUUUGGCAUCUUCCGUAGGUUGUCAACAAGGCGACCCCCUCGGUCCAGCAAUUUUCAGCCUCGCUAUUCAUCCCAUAAUCAAGAAUCUAAAUUCAAAAUUAAAUAUUUGGUAUCUAGACGAUGGGACCCUUGGCGGUGAAGCGAUUUCAGUUUUAAAUGACUUAGAAAAAUUAAGAACUGAAUUCAUAGCUAUCGGCCUAUCCCUCAACUUCUCGAAAUGCGAACUCUUUGUAACAGAGUCCUGCCCAAACAAAGAACGCACAUUGGAACAAUUUAACCAACUUGCCCCCGGAAUCAAAAUUAUUACAAAAGAAACGCUUCAUCUUCUUGGCUGUCCCAUCUUGGACCAAUCUUUUGGAAAUUUUAUAAAUACAAAAAUUCAAAAUUUCAAGGCAUCUUCACAUCGUUUGACUAAAAUUAACAUACAUUCGGCUUAUUGUAUAAUGAAACAUUGUCUUUUUGUUCCAAAAUUUACAUACAUACUUCGCGGAUCACACUUUUGGAAACACCCCACUUUGAUUUCAAAUUUGGACAAUUUAAUUUUAGAAACUCUCACCACCGUCUUCAACAUAUCUUUUGGGGAAAGAACUUGGACCCAGGCUAGCCUGCCCGUUAGGUUGGGUGGCCUGGGCAUCCGCAAAAUUUCCAGCGUGGCGCUACCUGCUUUCUUGGCUUCGGUACACGGUGCUCAAAACCUUAUCGGGAAAAUUUUAGCCCCUUCCCUUGGGGUCCUGGAGGCUGCGCACUGUUCCGAGGCCAAGAACGUAUGGUCACUAACAUGCCCCAACACAGACCCACCUGUCAACCCAUGCUCGCAAAGGCAGUGGGACGAGCCUCUCUGUCGUCUAACAAGGAACAGCCUCCUAGAGACGGCACUAAGUCCAACAGAUCGAGCUCGUCUCAUUGCGACAGCGGAGUGGGAGUCGGGUCUGUGGUUGCAGGCACUUCCAUCACCAACAAUAGGAACUUUGCUGGACAACUCAACUUUCCGGUUGGCCACUUGCCUUAGAAUAGGAGCAUCAACAAACAUGCCUCACCGAUGCCAAUGCGGCGUCAUGGUAGACAACCUAGGCCACCACGGCCUCUCUUGCAGCCGAAGUGCUGGGAGGAUACCUCGGCACGCCAGCAUCAAUGACGUCAUCCGUAGGGCCUUUGUUAGUGCCAAGGUGCCGGCGCUCCUCGAGCCAAACGGCCUGGUCAGGGAUGAUGGCAAGAGGCCUGAUGGAAUGACGUUGGUGCCUUGGAGUAUGGGACGGCCCCUUGUCUGGGAUGCUACAUGCGUAGAUACCCUGGCACCGUCCCAUAUUCCAGGCACCAAAGUUGACGCUGGUGCGGCUGCAUCCUCGGCCGAAAGCCUCAAGCGUCGCAAGUAUGUCAACCUCGGCAGUAGUUACAUAUUUGCGGCGUUUGGGGUUGAAACCCUAGGGCCGUGGGGGCCUAGCGCGCGCCGCCUCUAUAAGGAGUUAGCAAAACGCCUUAUAGAGGCUUCGGGUGACCAGAGGGCUGGCCUGUACUUCGCCCAGCGGAUAAGCAUUGCUAUCCAGAGGGGCAAUGCAGCCAGCCUUCUGGGCACCCUGCCAAGCGGUCUCGAUCUGGGACAAAUUUUUUAUUUAUAAGUUUUUAAUUUAAGUUUUUAAUUGUUUUUCCACCCAUUUGUGUUU